CAUUCUAACCCAACCUCCGCCCACUUUCCCACCACCCUCCGCCCAUCUUUUUAUCUUCGCACCGCCCUUCCAAUCCUAAUCCCCAAUCGAUUCGCGAGCAUCGACUUCGGAACCUUUGGUCGGUUGAUCGCGGAACCAUAUCUUGGCAUUCCGAAACCCUAGUUUCGACCCUUCCAGGUAGCUCCCUGUUCUCCCUGGUAUUGGAACCCUAAAUUCCUGGGAGGGAACGCAAAGGCGAUGGUUUUCUACUUCAAGGCCCGGCCGGAGGCCGGCAACUACACCAUUUUCAUGGGCUUGGACAAGCACGAGAACGAGGAGCUCAUCAAAUACGGGUUUCCCGAGGACAUCUGGUUUCAUGUGGAUAAGAUGUCUUCUGCUCAUGUCUAUCUAAGGUUGAACAAAGGACAGACAAUUGAUGAUAUAAGCGAAGGCUUAUUGGAGGAUUGCGUGCAGCUCGUCAAAGCUAAUUCAAUUCAAGGAAAUAAGAUGAAUAAUAUUGAUGUUGUUUAUACCCCAUGGUAUAAUUUGAAGAAGACUCCUUCCAUGGAUGUUGGGCAAGUGGGCUUUCACAAUUCUAAAAUGGUUCACACUGUAAGAGUAGAAAAGCGCAUAAAUGAGAUUGUUAACAGGUUGAAUAAGACAAAAGUAGAACGGAGGUCAGACUUAAAAGCUGAGCGAGAAGCAGUCAAUGUGGCAGAAAGAGCUGAAAAGAAAGUUCACCUACGAGAGAAAAAACGCCGGGAAGAGAUGGAGAGGCUUGAGAAGGAGAAACAGGCGGAAAUAAGGAGCUACAAGGGCUUGAUGAUUGCAGACAACAUGACAUCUAACAAACAAAUUGCAUCCAAUGAUAAAUCCUUGCAAGAACUUGAAGAGGAUUUCAUGUGAUCCCAGCUCCAACGUACAUCAGCAGGUAGCUCAGUUUCAAAAUGUGGUCAACGUGACAAGUCGAAAGCUGUGGCGUGCAUUGUGUGAUUCCAUAAUUUCAUUGUGACAAUCUGUAGACUUGCAUCAUAUCCUGAAAUAUCAGCAGUGAAAUUGUCGUUCUAAUCAACGGCUCGUGCUAGUAUUGUAUAACAGUAUUUAUAAAUUGAAAGUUACCUAGACUUCAUUGCUAUAUUGUUGAUA